CUGUGCCUAAUCGGGGCAAAUGUAAUUCGUCGAGCGCCGUUUUAUGGCCAAGCUUGUGCAGCUCCACCUGUUCUCCCUUUUUCUUUUCGAUGUUUAAGCAAGCUUCCCUCGCGGUAUUGGUCGCCUUUUUAUUCUUCACGCAAUGUUUUGCUCAAACGAGCUUCUCCCUCACACCAGUUCCAACAGUAUGUAUUAAAGCAUGUACUGCACCCGCUGUUGUUCCACAGUGCCCAGCAUCAUGUCCCAACAGCUGUACGUUUAUCGUCAAAGACCCUUGUUGUCCGAACGUAAAGACUGGCGUAUGCGAUAACGUAUCUUCUGGAACGACAUUACCAAGUACUUCCAUUAUGUCGGGGACAACUGUUUCCAUGCCUACUGGUAGCUCUAUUAUGACCACCGUCAGUUCUCCCACGGCCAUGCCCACUGUAGUAUCUUCGUCCAUGAGCGGAGUCAGCCCCAGUAGCUCAUCUGUUGCUGCUUCAGUUCCUACUAUAUCCAACUCUGCGAGCACGGCAGGCAAAAUGAUCGACGCAAAAUUCGGUUUCUUGGCUUUCAUAAUCACCGUCCUGUGUUUAUUCUAACGUAACCGCUAUAUUAUCACACUGCAUUAAAUAAAAACAAAACGAUAAAGUGAACCGUGCAAUCUGCUUUGUGCUUCUUUCUUAAGCAUCGAUUGGGUACAAGGGUCUAAUGUCGAUGGGAAUACCUAAUCACGAAAAGUAGAUUUCAUUAGAUACCGUAGUUACGCUGCAGCGUUGAGAGGGAGUG